AUGGGGACCAACAGCCAGGUGCAGCUGCUCCUCUGGAAAAAUUGGACCAUCCGCAAGAGGCAGAAGACGCGGCUCUUUAUGGAGAUUAUGUGGCCUGUGGUGCUAUUCAUUGGACUGGUUUGGCUGAGAAAAGCAAACCCCCUUUACAGACAACAUGAAUGUCAUUUUCCAAACAAAGCCAUGCCCUCAUCUGGCAUCCUACCAUGGAUCCAGGGGAUCUUCUGCAAUGCUAACAACCCGUGUUUCCAGCACACGACUCGUGGAGAAUCUCCAGGCCUGGUGUCCAACUACAACAACUCAAUAUUGGCUCGUUUUUGGUCAGACGCACAGGAGCUGCUGUUUGAAGAUACUGAGUUUCUGCAGUUGGGACGGUUAUGGCAGGAACUUAUGGCUAUGAGCAGCUUUAUGGAUACUCUUCGGACCAAUCCUGAAGCAAUUGCAGGUCGAGGCAUAAAAGUGGAGGACAUUUUAAAGGAUGACGAAACUCUCACAGCAUUCCUGCUUAGAGAUGUUCCUCUCACUGAAUCUGUGGUUCAACAGCUGGUCAACUCACAGAUUCGACCAGAGCAGUUUGCGUACGGAGUCCCUGAUCUCCAUCUGAAGGACAUCGCCUGCAGUCAGACUCUUCUGGAGCGUUUCCUCAUUUUCCCCAACCGCUGGGGCCUGUAUGCCGUCCGCAACGCCAUGUGUGUCCUCACCCCACAGCGUCUUCAAAUCAUCGAGGACAAAUUCUACGCCAACCUGGACUUCUUCAAGCUUUUUCGCCUGCUUCCUCUAGUCCUGGACAGCUACUCCAGUGGACUCGACCUGCACUUCUGGGCUCGGCUUUUGCCUGCCGUCUCCGACAAGCUGAAAGCGCUUUUUAACAGACCGAGCUCUAAAGACCUGCUGCAGGUGGUGUCUCCACUUCUUCAAUCCCAUGAAAGCCCGUCUUUCAGCCAGCUCAUGUCUGCCACUUCCAGCUUAUUCUGCGGCUACACGGAAGGGGCCUUUUCCAGGGUCACCUCCUUCAACUGGUAUGAGGAUAAUAACUACAAAGCCUUUCUGGGCAUCAACAGCACAAGAGGAGAGGGGAAGUACAUCUAUGAUCACGCGGCUACUCCUUUCUGUAAUGACCUCAUGAAGGAUUUGGAGUCCAAUCCGGUCACAAGGAUUGUGUGGCGUUCGGUCAAGCCUUUCCUGAUGGGCAAAAUCCUGUACGCUCCCGAUUCCCCCGCUGCCAGACAGAUCAUUAAAAACGCGAACACCACCUUUGAGGAGUUAGAAAGGCUCAGAAACAUGGGUCGAGCCUGGGAGGAGGUGGGACCACAGAUCUGGAGCUUCUUUCAGGACGGUGUGCAGAUGAACAUGCUUCGGGACUCCAUCAGAAACCCAACAGUCAUGGAUCAUAUCAACAAAGGCCUCAGAAACGCUGCGUUCACGGGUCAACACAUCCUCAACUUUUUGUACAGCGGGCCAGAGGAGGACAGAGAGCAGGACAUGCCAAACUUUGACUGGAGGAACAUCUUCAACCUUACCGACCAAGUGAUUCGACUCAUAAACCGAUAUGGAGAGUGUCUAGUCCUGGACAAGUUCUCCAGUAUCUCUGAUGAGGAUCAGCUCACCCAUCGAGCGCUAAACCUUUUGGAGGAGGGCAAGUUCUGGGCCGGCCUGGUGUUUGUUGACAUGUACUCCUGGACCACUAAAGUUCCCCCUCAUGUCAAAGUCAAGAUCCGCAUGGACAUUGACGUCGUGGAGCGCACCAACAAGAUUAAAGACAGAUACUGGGAUCCUGGCCCAAGAGCGGAUCCCAUGGAUGACCUGCGAUAUAUUUGGGGAGGAUUUGCUUACCUGCAGGACAUGAUUGAACAUGGAAUAAUAAAGACACACACAGGGAAGGAAUGGCCGUUAGGAGUUUACCUGCAGCAGAUGCCCUAUCCCUGCUAUGUGGAUGACCUCUUCAUGCUGACCCUGAACCGCUGCUUUCCGAUCUUCAUGGUUCUGGCCUGGGUUUACUCUGUGUCGAUGACAGUAAAGAGCAUCGUGCUGGAAAAGGAGAUGAGGCUGAAAGAGACACUCAAGGCCAUGGGGGUCACCAACCGUGUGCUCUGGUGCACGUGGUUCAUCGACACCUUCUUCAUGAUGGCCUCCAGCACAGCCCUGCUAACUCUUAUUAUCAUGGGAGGAAAAGUGCUGAACUACAGCAAUCCCAUCAUCCUCUUCCUCUUCCUGCUCACUUUCACCACAGCAACCAUCAUGCAAUGCUUCCUCAUGAGUGUGUUUUUUAAUAAGGCCAAUCUGGCGGCGGCCUGCAGUGGCAUCAUUUACUUCACCCUGUACCUGCCGCAUGUAGUCUGCUUCGCCUGGCAGGACCGCAUUACCAAAGACAUGAAAAUCAUGGCGAGUCUGAUGUCCCAGGUUGCGUUUGGCUUUGGGACGGAGUAUCUGUCCCGUUAUGAGGAGCAGGGCCUCGGCCUGCAGUGGGAUAACAUCCAAACCAGUCUCCUGGAGGGGGACGAGUUUUCUUUUCUCAACUCCAUUAUCAUGAUGGCAGUGGAUACGGUUCUGUAUGGCGUUCUCGCCUGGUAUCUCGAUAUCGUCUUCCCAGGGCAAUACGGUAUUGGUCGGCCUUGUUACUUUCCAAUCCAGCCUUCUUAUUGGUUAAACAGACCUGAGCCUCUAAAACAAGACAUCUUAAUAACUUUUCGAUCUUGUAUUCCUUCAGGGAGGGUAUUUUUUGAGCCUGAGCCAUCUGGUUUGGUGGCUGGAGUGUGUGUGGAGAAUCUGUAUAAGGUGUUUAGCGGCAGCUCUAGACCAGCUGUGGAUGGUCUGAGUCUCACCUUCUAUGAGGGUCAGAUCACUGCAUUUCUUGGCCACAACGGUGCAGGAAAAACCACCACAAUGUCUGUUCUCACCGGCAUGUUUCCUCCCACCUCUGGCACAGCAUACAUUUAUGGGAAGGAUAUACGAACUGACAUGGACGCCAUUCGUAAAUCUCUGGGAAUGUGCCCUCAGCAUAAUAUCAUCUUUCACCAUAUGACAGUAGCAGAGCACAUCUUAUUCUACUCUUUGCUGAAGGGCAGGCCGUUACCUGAAGCCCAGCUAGAGGUGGAAAAUAUGCUGGAAGAUCUCGGUCUCCCUCACAAGAGGAAUGAGGAGGCACAAAACCUGUCAGGUGGCAUGCAGAGGAAGCUCUCUGUGGCCAUGGCUUUUGUUGGAGGUGCUAAAGUGGUGUUUCUGGAUGAACCCACAUCAGGAGUGGACCCAUAUUCCAGACGCUCCAUCUGGGACCUUCUGCUGAAAUACCGUGCUGGCCGUACGGUGAUCUUGUCCACUCACCACAUGGAUGAAGCGGAUCUGCUGAGUGACCGUGUGGCCAUCAUCUCUCAGGGUCGACUGUACUGCUGUGGUUCUCCUCUUUUCCUGAAGAACUGUCUGGGUGCUGGGUUUUACCUCACUCUGGUGCGGCGCAUUAAAGAGCAGCCAGCUCCUGUCAGAAAGGAGGGUCAGUGCGACUGUACUGAUGACUGCUCCUGUAAGUGCUCACUCUGUACCAAAUUUAAAGAGAACGACACUGAGAAGCCCAGAGGCACAGAGAGACAGAUGGAAGGGAACAUUGAGAGCAUCACAGCGCUCGUCCACCAUCAUGUCCCAGAGGCCAGGCUGAUAGAGGUCAUCGGACAGGAGCUGACCUUCCUUCUGCCCAGCCGGACCUUCAAACAUCGCUCUUAUGCCAGUCUGUUCAGAGAGCUGGAGGAGACGCUGGCCGACAUGGGGCUGAGCAGUUUCGGAGUGUCAGACACUUCACUGGAGGAGGUGUUUCUUAAAGUGACCGCUGAUGGAGAGGCUGCUCACAUCAAUACGGCAUCCGAUGUCAGAAUUCUCCAACAAAAAUCACUUACGAGUCUCUAUAGAGACAACACAGUCAAAGUGAAUAUAGAAGAAGAUACAGACAGAUCGCAUGCUAACGGUCAGUCAAACUCUGGAAAUAUAACCAGCAAAGAGGGCAGAGGAUCCCAGCAGGUGAAGGGGGGCUUUCUGGUUGUGAAGCAGUUUUUCGCUCUUCUCGUUAAGAGGUUUCAUCACACCACACGCUCCGGCAAAGACUUUCUCGCACAGAUUGUGUUGCCUGCAAGCUUUGUGCUCAUUUCUCUGAUGUUCACACUGAUUGUCCCUCCAUUUGGUGAAUAUCCCAGUCUUACUCUCAGUCCAUGGAUGUACGGCCGACAGUUCACCUUCUUUAGUAAUGAGCAGAUGCAAAGCCCAGACAUGAGAUAUUUCGGCGAGGUUCUUUUAAACAGACCUGGAUUUGGGACCCGAUGUAUGGUGGAUGAACCUCUUGAAGACUAUCCAUGUAAUAACAUAACCACAGAGUGGGAGAUGCCCCUGGUGAACCCGAUGCUCAUUGAGAUGUUGGGCAAUUCAGAGUGGACAGACAUCAGCCCUUCUCCCAGCUGCCAGUGCAGCACGCCAAACAAACUCACUAUGUUACCUGUGUGUCCAGAAGGUGCUGGAGGUCUUCCUCCUCCACAGAGAAUUCAGUCCACUGGUGACAUGUUGAUGGAUCUUACAGGCAGGAACAUCUCUGAUUAUUUAGUGAAGACCUACCCAAACUUAAUACGGACUAGCCUGAAGAGCAAGUACUGGGUGAAUGAACAAAGGUAUGGUGGCAUUUCUGUUGGAGGACGACUUCCUGUUCUUAAUGUGGAUCCUAAAUCCAUCCAGAAUGCAGCUACUCAGAUUGGACGCCUGCUUAACAUCACCGGGGGCAGAUACUCAAAACUUGCUCUGGAUGAGUUUGCCACAUUUCUGAGGUACAUGGAGACUGAAAACAAUGUCAAGGUCUGGUUCAAUAACAAAGGCUGGCACGCAAUGGUGGCCUUCAUGAACGUGGCGAAUAACGCAAUCCUUCGAGCAAACCUGCCUCCUGGUGUCGAUUUAAAUGAAUACGGCAUCACUGCCAUCAAUCAUCCGCUAAACCUGACCAAAGAACAGCUGUCCGAGGUCACAGUUUUGACCACCUCAGUGGAUGCAGUGGUGGCCAUCAAUGUGAUUUUCGCCAUGUCCUUCGUGCCGGCUGGUUUUGUGCUGUAUUUGAUCCAGGAGAGGGUGACGCAGGCAAAACAUUUGCAGUUUGUGAGCGGAGUCAGUCCUCUGGUGUACUGGACUGCAAACUUCUUUUGGGACAUGGUAAACUAUUCUGUCAGCGCAGCGAUGGUUGUGGGGAUUUUUAUUGCAUUUGACAAAAAAUGCUACACCUCGCCUGGCAACUUACAAGCCCUGAUAGCUCUGCUGAUGCUUUAUGGUUGGUCGGUGACGCCAAUGAUGUAUCCGAUGUCUUAUAUAUUUAACGUGCCCAGCACAGCGUACGUCUCUCUGUCCUGCAUCAACCUCUUCAUUGGCAUCAACAGCAGUGCCAUUACCUUUAUUUUAGACCUGUUUGACAGUACUGAGGCUCUGUAUAAGUGUAACCAGGUGCUAAAGAAGGCUCUGCUUGUCUUUCCUCACUUCUGUUUGGGCCGCGGGCUCAUUGACAUGGCGAUGAACCAGGCCGUGAUGGACGUUUAUGCACGCUUUGGUGAGGACUUCAGUCUGGAUCCUUUCAGCUGGGACUUUGUUGGAGAAAAUUUGACUUUCAUGGCAAUAGAGGGAUUUGUGUAUUUCAUCCUGAACAUUUUAAUACAGUACCGGUUCUUCCUGGACCACUGGAUGUCAGAUUUUAAGAAGCCGCCAAUAACUGAUGAAGAUGUGGAUGUGGCCAAAGAGAGAGAGAGGAUUUACAAAGGAGGAAGCUCCAACGACAUCCUUCAGAUUAAAGACCUGUCAAAGACAUAUACUGGAACAUUCAGGCCAGCAGUGGACAGGAUAUGUGUAGGAGUGUCACCAGGAGAGUGUUUUGGACUUCUGGGUGUGAAUGGUGCUGGAAAAACGACCACAUUUAAAAUGCUGACAGGAGACAUAGACGUCACUUCAGGGGAAGCUGAUGUGGCUGGUUACAGCAUUCUCACGAACAUCCUGGAUGUGCACCAGAACAUGGGCUACUGCCCCCAAUUUGAUGCCAUAGAUGAUCUUCUAACAGGAAGAGAGCAUUUGCACUUGUAUGCACGGCUCAGAGGAGUCCCAGAAUCCGAGAUCAGCCGAGUGGCUGAAUGGGGAAUCCAGAAAUUGGGUUUGUCUGAGUAUGCAGGCUGCACUGCUGGCACGUACAGUGGCGGAAACAAGCGGAAACUCUCAACAGCUAUUGCAAUGAUUGGAUGUCCGGCUCUUCUGCUUCUGGAUGAGCCGACCACAGGGAUGGAUCCUCAUUCUCGCAGAUUCCUCUGGAACUCUAUCAUGAGCGUAAUUCAGGGUGGCAGAGCAGUGGUUCUUACCUCCCACAGUAUGGAGGAAUGUGAAGCUCUCUGCACACGGUUGGCCAUCAUGGUGAAUGGAAUUUUCAAGUGUCUUGGCACCAUUCAGCAUCUCAAAUACAAAUUUGGUGAUGGAUAUGUGGUUACUAUGAAAAUCAGGGCUGCCAAAGUAGGUGCAGUACCAGAUCUGAACCCAGCCGAAGCGUUUAUGGAGAGCACAUUUCCUGGCUGCAUUCAGAGGGAGAAACACUAUAAUACUCUACAGUACGAGAUUGCUUCUUCAUCUCUGGCCAAAAUCUUCCAGGUCGUUUUGGCCAACAAGGAAAUGCUAAAUAUCGAAGAUUACUCUGUUUCUCAGACAACAUUGGACCAGGUAUUUGUGAAUUUCGCCAAGCACCAAUCCGGCGAAGACGAUGCCAUUGUGUUGCACCCGAGGGCAGCCGGUGCCCGGCGGGACGUCAGAGUCUUUCCAGUAAAAACGAAAGCCUGAAAGCUUGAAGAGGAUCAUUUGAGCAGGUCAAUUGGAGUCAUCUGACUGGGGCGCACAAAAGAGUCAUAAAA